AUGGAGAGCCAAAACGGACUGGGCAAGCUAUUGCCCAAGUCGCUGGCGGCGCGACGCAAGCUGCGAAGCAAAAGCAGUAAGACGCGCGACGGAGAUACGAUAGACGAUGCGACGACGGGCAGACCACCGUCUAGCGGAAACCAGUCGCUGUACGCCGACGACCAAAACGACGACCGCGAGUACAGCAAUGAUGCAGAUAAUGGGAGCUUUGCAUACUACGAGUCAGGCGCAGAUGCGAACCACAGUGGAGAAUCCCUACAUCCGUCGUCUGGGUCGCAACCAGUGCGGCCGGUCCCUUCCAACCACCCGUCACUAGUUGGCUAUCUCACCACUUCCUCUCCUGCCGUCCAGGCUGCUCACUUCGAUUCGCCGCCCAAGAUUCGGCCCUCGUCGCGAAACAGCCGCAGCCCCUGGCGGAGGGGUUCCAGCAACAAACAGGCAGACGCUCCAGACGCUGCGUCGUCAGACAAGCUGCCCGGAUUGCCGGCGCCUGCCAAGCUGGCUGUCGCCGAUCGGGAGACUCGGGGGGGAAGGCCCAAUAUCGAGGUCGACGUGCCCCGGACCCCCCCUAACGGCGACAAGCCGGGCCCUGUUAUUGUCAACACGCCACCGACGCCGACCGACGCCCGCCUCGCUUCCAGCCGGGCUCCGACCUCUUCACCGGACAAACGCUCUCCUGGCUCUGCAACCCAGAGUCCUGCCGAAACUGGAUCGCCCACACGAAGCAUGAACAUUCAUAGGAGAAGCAAGUCGGGAGGGGCUGCUAUCGGGCCGAGCAAGCUGUCCAACAUCACGUCCGCGCCACUGACCCCGGGUUCAGAGGCGGAAAAUAGUGUUCAAACGCCGAGUGCAACCGGAUUUUUCUCUUCCGUCAUCUCCGCUGCCCAAAAUGCAGCGACGACUUUGAGCAACAAUAUGCCCGGCGCUAACAUUGGCAUAACCGGACAAAAAGGUAAAGCACCGAAUUCGAAAACAGGAAGCCUAGAAGCCGUCGACCAGUUGGAAGACAACAGUAGUACGACUUCUCAACAAAAUAAAGAAGAAGCUUCUCAGUCACAAGCACGAAACAUGCAGCGCAGCUCAGCCAUCCAAACCCUGGGUGCCGGAGAGCUGAGCCUCAGCCAGCUUGGCCUCUCGGAUGCACCCAGCAAUGUUACUAGCCCCGCCAGUGCUAGAUUCCCCGAUGUUGUUGAUACUCGCGCCAGAUCCGAAUCAGCGCCCGUCGAACCCCAUAGCGAGCUGCCAAGCGACGAACCAGGCAGUAGGCCACGAUCGGUCAUUGAAUCAGCCAACGGCGAUGAUAUCGCACAAUCGCAAUCGCAAGCCGACAGUGCCGGUCCCAACAGAAGCUCAAGUGUGCGCAGCGCACUGAAGCCUCAUAGGAAGAGAGGCAGCUCCGUGACUACCGGUGCGACCAUUGGCGUGCCCACGAGUGUUCCGCUGCAGCCAACACCGACCUUGGGUGCUCCCAAGCUCACAGGUUUUGCUAUUGCUAGUAAGAAGAGAAAUCGCGACUUUCACUCUUUCUUCAAGAGCGUUCCGGACGAUGACUAUCUCAUUGAGGACUACAGCUGCGCCUUGCAACGAGAAAUUCUGGCUCACGGCCGUCUGUACGUCUCCGAGGGUCAUCUUUGCUUCAGCAGCAAUAUUCUUGGAUGGACGACUACGCUGGUCAUGAGCUUUGACGAAAUUGUAUCGGUCGAGAAGCGAAGCACGGCGUUGGUCUUCAAGAAUGGCUUGAUGAUUUCAACUCUGCACGCCAAGCACAUUUUCGCAAGUUUCACGAGCAGAGACGCUACCUAUGACUUGAUUGUCAAUAUUUGGAAGUUGGGUCACCCCACGCUCAAGAGCUCUCUUAACGGCGUCCAGCUCGAAGGAACAGGUGGUGACAAGACAGAAAAGGUGGACGAUGAGCCUCAGGGCCUAGGUCUGGAGAAUGAGACUCCUGUGGGAUCUGAGUCGGAGGGUGACAGCGACGAUGAAGAAUUUUACGACGAAGAGGAGGACGGCGCUUACGUGGAUACCGAGUCAACAGAAGCUGGUGUCGGCGCAGAUGCGGACAAUGAGAAGGCUGUGAGUCGCAAAGUUUCCGGUAUGACUACACUGAAUGGUGCAAACGCGGACAGCGCCAAGGAUAUUCAAACCUCGCCAGCGCUCGGUGGUGAUUUUCCAGGCCCAGCAACACACGCGCCAACCGAGUGCUCGGAUGGCAGCACGCAUUUCGACAAGACUGUUGGUGACGACAUCAUCCCUGCUCCGCUAGGAAAAGUCUACAGCUUGCUCUUUGGCUCCGGAUCAACGGCUUGGAUGACCAAAUGGUUGUCUGAGGACCAGAAAUGCCUUGAAGUGACGAUUGACGAGAAAAGGGGGUUGACCAUGGACAACAACACGAGGGUAUGGACCUAUAUUAAGCCUCUCUAUGCUUCACUGGGUCCCAAACAGACAAAAUGCAUCGUGACGGAAAGCCUGGAGAGCCUCGACUUUGAGAAAUCAAUCACACUGAUGCUAUCGACACGGACGCCCGAAGUUCCGUCCGGGACACUGUUUACGGUCAAAACCAGAUAUUGCCUUACAUGGGCUGAGAACAAUGCGACAAGGGUGCAAGUGAAUUACACGACGGAGUGGACUGGUAAGAGCUGGAUCAAAGGCCCGAUUGAGAAGAACGUGAAUGACGGCCAAGCCAAAUUUUGCGAGGAGCUGUUUGCUUCGGUCAAGGCGGCGGUGACGACUAGAGGUCGGUCCAAUACGUUUCCGAAUGGCGGCAAGGGAAAGAAAAAAGGCAAAAAGGGCAGAGCCAGCCUGACUGCCAACGAAGAGUCGGAUUCCUUUGCCAAGAGGAAGGAGGCGUCGAAGACGAGCUGGGGCCCGUUGGAACCAAUCCGGGGAAUACUGGAGCCGAUAUUCGAUAUUCUCAAGCCUGUCAUGACGGGCAACGUCAUGUACGGACUGCUUGUGGGACUGUUGGUUGCGUCGUGGUUCGGGUUCGGCUUUUCGCCCAGCAAACCGGCGGGCGGGUUCGGCGCAGGUGCCGGUGGGCGAAGCGAGCUGAUGGACAUGUACGGUCCUUUGAGGCUGGCUGCGUACGAAGAGAUGUGGCGCAGAGAGGAAAGUGAGCUGUGGGAGUGGCUCGAGGAGCGAACAGGCCUGGGGCAGAUGGACACAGACAGUCAUGGCAUCAGGAAGCGCGCGGUUGAGCCGCGUACAAUGCAGGAGAGGCUUCGUGAGUCACGAAUGGACGCGCGCGAGGUGCAGGAGGCGAUUCGUGUGACGGAAGAAAAACUCAAAAUACUGCGACAGGUCAUUGUGAACAAUCCAAAGCAGGAAAAAGCAAGUGAGGCGGUUUAA